CUCAUAACAAACGCCCUAUUGUGGUCCCCCAUCACAGAUGGUGACAGCGGGCAUAAAAAGAACAGGGGAGACAAGCAGUACGACCUGUGUUUAGUCGAGAGAGUUGUCUAUCUUGUGAAUGGCUCCUAACGGGCAUAUGGGACGAACGACAACCUGGGCAUCCUGAAGUCCUUGAUAUCCACAAACAUGGUAUUCCGAAACCUUACCCAGCUGUCAUACUGAGACCAGACAGGGAAAGAAAGUGAACCUGGCUGCCUUUCGCGUCUGAACUAGCCGCUGUUAUUACUUUGUUUAUGAUAAAGCUUCUCAAGGGACGACAGUGUCAGCAGACGGAUAUGUGUUAUGAGUUUCUACCAGGGUCCUUGACUUCUGGAGUGGGUUAUCUACUUUAUUCUCUCUACCUCCCACGUGACUGGAUGAAUCAUCUACUUCCAACUCAAAGCCGUGGACUACGUGGAUAGAAGGGUGGUCGACGUGCUCUCAAGUGGUUUUGACCGUAGAGGUAUAAUUCGGACCUCUUCGUCUUGUCCACCAGUCCUGCCAGCAUGAUAUCAUGUUCUGGGGAAGGGGCGUUACUUGGAUGACGUCACUGGGAAAGAUAAAGGCAUCAGGAGACUCGACAAUAAAAGCUUCAGAUACAAGCAUCCGGACUGGCAGCAUCUGUUUUGCCUAAGAAGACAAUGGAUGUCCGGUAAUAGGUGCAGCCAGACGACGCGCAGUAGAUUCGGAACCAUAUAGCAGUGGACACUGGUCGUUGCCUUCCCUAACGGGCGAUAACGUUUACAGUGAACACCAGCAUGUCGGGAGACAAAGGGAGACGACACCGCUCAUGCUCAAGCGAGAGAGAGUCGGAAACGGAGCCUUUCGUGACCUACAGGGAAAGUGAAGAUGGUGGUCAGGAUGGUGAACCAGCGAGGAGCCCUGAGGACGUGGACUUGAAGGAAACCCGGUUGUGCGAUGAUGGACAUGUCAGCGUGGCGCAGAUGAGCCAGAAUGCUGUAGCUGAAGGCAAGAGCACUGGCAAGGGCAACCAAGACAAGCAUUUCAGCGGCGAACGUAGAAUGACCGAUGGACAUAUUGGUGAGGAGAAUCGAUUGACGAAACGUCAUCACAGUUCUGGGGAUAUUCCACUCCGGCUAAAGAGGGACAGUAAAAACGCCUUCUCCAUGACACUCAUCGUCCCAGGACCUCUGGAGAAAAGGGAGAACUUUCUGAUUGGUCGAGCUGCGGAGAGAGAGGAGUUCUUGCGCAUGACCAGGCUGACGGAAGUAGUCCCAGAACACAGCAACAUCGUUGGUGGUGAUGACGCGGAAUGGAAAGUUCGUCUGGAAGAGUUUACAUCCAAGAGAAUGGGGCUGGGCAUUAAGCAAUGCAAGUCAAAGCGAAUACGGACUUACUACAAGGCGCAGGACGAGCUUAUCACCGCCUACGAGGACAUGAGCGUUAAGGUCACAACUGAGGUCACGGAGACCAACGCUCUUAAGCGUCAGCAGCGAAUGGCAUCCCUCUUCUCCAAGAUCACCUUUGGCGUGAACUUUAUGCUGAUGGCCGCAAAGCUUGUGGCCAGUCUUUUGUCCGGCUCCAUGUCCAUGGUCUCGAGUUUAGUGGACAGCGUAGUGGACCUCUUGUCUGGGAUCAUCAUGUGGUGGGCGUCGCGAGCCGUGCGCAAGCGAGACCCAUACAGUUACCCGCAAGGUCGAACAAAGCUAGAACCUGUUUCGAUUAUCAUCUUGUCGGUGAUCAUGGCUGUGGCAUCAGUACAGCUCAUACGUGAAUCGGUGGAGCUGCUGGUGGGCCUGACCAGUGACAGCUCUGAUUUGCCCCGCAUGGAGAUUCCUACCUUCGUCAUAGCCGGCAGUACGAUAGGGAUCAAGUUAACAUUGUAUAUAGUUUGUCGACGAAUCAACAGUCCAAUCGUGCAAGCUCUGGCUGUGGACCAUCGUAAUGACGUCGUGUCCAACAGUGUGGCCAUUGUCUGCGGCUACCUGGGUUCCCAAGAGUUCCAGGAUAAAACUGGCUUGCAUGGGUUUAUCUACGCAGAUCCCGUCGGUGCUAUUCUAAUCGGCCUGUACAUUAUCUUUAACUGGUGGAAAACAGGAUCAGAGCAAAUCAAGGUGUUGACGGGCCACACGGCGCGGCCGGACUUCCUGUCCAAGCUGACGUGGGUGGCGAUGAACCACGACAAGAACAUUCGCCACAUCGACACCGUGCGUGCGUUCCACUUCGGCAGCAACUUCCUGGUGGAGCUGGACAUCGUGCUUCCGGAGGGCAUGAGUCUGCGCAUGGCCCAUGACAUCGGCGAGUCGCUGCAACAAAAGCUGGAGAACAUCCCAGAGGUGGAGCGCGCCUUCGUGCACCUGGACUACGAGUACACUCACAACCCCAACACUGAGCACAAGGUCGUCUGACCUCGGUUCUCUCGCACUGCGAGUUAGAGGGAGGGAUUACGUCAGCGAAUCCUGUUGACAGUCUUCUUGUUUUGGUUGACAGAAAAUCACCAAGUCACCGUCGGACAAAGAAACAAAAACAAAUAAAAAAUACUGUACGAUGUAAUGACGAUGUACAUAGUAGGGCUAGUGAGUGUGUAAUUCAGUCGCUGACAAGAGACUUUAAUAGGAACACUAUCGCUCACUCCUACCCUUUGGUGCCAGCCUCCGUCAGUGUUAAGUUUAAAGACAUGAUGGCUGUGAAAAACUGGUGUCUUGGUUUCAUCGACGUCCACCGGUUCAUUCGGCAAAGCCUUAGUUCUUUCUAGAACAUAUUCCCUUUAGCUGGUUUACGCCUGAAUGCGUAGGCUAGAGCAUAGCUUCUGACAGGGUGUUGAACAUUUCACAAAGAGAGAUUUCAAAAUGUAAUAACUUGUUUUAUUAGCAAUUGUUUCUGUUGGGCAUUUUGACGAUGACAUUUACAAAACAAUAAUAAUCUUAAGAUUAAAUCGGAACAUAUUUCGUAAAUGCUAUGCCACCUUUGCUUUCUGCUUGCAAAGGACGAUUGGUAUUGCUGGUUGUCGGAGGUCGCUUAAAAUCGUUUGGGAUGAAAAGGUUAAGUUAAACGACGAAUCGUAUAUAUAUAUAUGGCAAUUGUUUCACAGCGGUGUGCUUGUUGCAGGAGAAUAAGUGAUUUAUUGUCUUAAGAAUAUUCAAUUAUUAAGCAGCUGAAGUUUUGCAUUGUGAAAUUUGUUCUUUGACACAGUGUAAAUUAUGAAGAUCUGAGAGUUAUAUAAACAAAAAAGUUUAUGAAUUAUUAAGCUCUUUUGUGGCCAGUUCUACGUAGGAACGGUCAAGAACUGUAGCUCUGUCAUUGUCCAUGGACUAAUAAAAAAAGAGCAAAUUUUAAAGCUAUUAAAUGAUCAAGUGAUCACCGUUCAUCAGGUGUUUGCUCGCAUGUUAUUUUCCCUUUUGUACAUCACAAUGUUAAUUUUCCCUUGCAACAGAGUUUGUUUCAAUGAUGUGUUUUUAAGGAUAUUUUCAGUUAGAAUUCCCAUUUUGUAUUUCGUAAUAAGAAUAUAAUUUAAUAGCAGCACAAGAUUUUUUGUUUUAGAUGUUGCUGUCGCAUUUUGUUACACGCACUGUGAUUCAGACACAUGUACUUACGAAAAAUAAUAGAUACGGGAUUUGACUAGCGACCCGUGUAUUAGUUUGAGUUGUUUUCACAUGAUUGCGUGUUUAUGGCGGAUUUGAAAUUAAACAACGUGAUGUGCACACCAGACACUGCCUGCACUCCACCUCUCCUCGCCUCCCUGACACAUGUGGGUGUGUAAACUUUCAUGCACACUCUCUCAUGUGAUGUAGCUUUAAACAAAUCAUCAGGAAUAGGUAUCAAGCCCCCACCUCAGACUUACAAAGAAAUAAAUAUGUUUGCUUGUCCAGAUAUAGAGUCAACUUUCAAUAAUCUGAUAGUUCUGUAGACACACAUAAACAUACGCCUUUAAGGCUAGAUGUAUGUGGUUGAAUGUAUAUAUGAUUUUCUCGUUUUUGACAAUAGAUGUGAACCGUGAUAGUGAAUGUGUUCUGGAUACUUGCAGCUACAGUCUUCUCCCUUUAGAAAAUGGGAUUAUUUCCCUUCAAUGACUGCAGCUCAGUGAUUACGAUACAAGUGCAGGUUAGCAUCGGUUGUUGAGUCUGUCAUGCCCAGCGGCACACAGCUGCUAUGGCAUCAUUCCUCGGCUUAUUUUCUUCUGUUGUCCAGAUGUAGCAGUUGUGGUGUCAGUGUUGUGUACGAACUGUUGUAUUGAACAUGAACAAAGCAAGUCAAAGGAGAGAAUUUUAUCUUAAAAAGCACUUUUCAGUUAUGAUAAUAAAAAUAUUAUAACAAGCUG